CACGGCAAAGCAAUUUCUGUACAACCACGUUUUCUCGUUUCCGCGAAAGGAAUCUUCGAAAGGGGAGGGAAGCAAGGGUGGAGGAACGGCGGAGAAUUUACAUGCGCGCGAGUUUUCAAGCGUGUGCUGGUGGCGCGUGUCUGCAAGAAAAAAAAAAGAGAAAGAAAAAAAGAAAACGGAUGAACUCCCCCUUGCGAAUCGUUCGCUUCUUCGACUCUUCCCCCUUAUUGGGAAUUAUUCCAUAAGCUCCGUAUGGAAGCUUAUCGAUGCGCUCUAUGAAACCUGACGAGCUCGUGUACAACUCGGCCAGAGAGAGAAAGAGAGAGAGAGAGAGGGGGGGAGCGCUAUCGAUUUCGCUGUCGUUAAUGAUAAUUAAGGCUUGGCGCGAUGAGAUUUCGCUAAUGGAAGAUAAUAUACCGGCCUCGGUGUCGUGUUACUAUUCGAUUUUCCGUGUAAAAGGCAGCGCACGUUUAAAACCAAAAAUUUCCCUUGCUUAUUAUCAUCCCCUUCCUUGUUAUUACGUCGCAGGAAGACAAGCGACAGCGGAAGCACGAAUUAUCGAUAAGGGAGAUACGAUGAUGGAGAGGAGGACGCGAAAAAAAGGAAAAAAGAAGAUACAGGAGAAAGGGAGGAGAGAGCGAAUGGAGCUGUACGGCGAAUAUGGCGAAAAGAAAAGAGUAAAUGUUCCGUUCGGUUUACCGAUGGGGGAAAGAGGCGAGCUCAUUAUCGAUUUCUCUGAAACGAUGUCCUUCCUACGUUCGCCAUUUAUCGCUGAACGAUUGGCGCCAACCGACUUUCCGCGUUCGGUUAUCGGUUUUAUUAAUUGCCCGCUAAUCGAGAACUCCGAAUGACCGUAAUGUAAUCGCGUCGUGUCGUCCGGCUAUAAUCGUUUGAAGAACCGCGCAUCUGGUCUCCUCCCGGUCGUUCAACAGUGGCCGCGCUUAUCAAUAUUCUCCUAUUAAUGACUACCGAUAUAAAUUAACAGCCGCGCGACGGUAAGGUUAGCCGCGCGUGUUCCACUUCCGUAUUUUCAUCGAUUCUCCGCCUCGCGUUGUUUGCUCUUGCUUUUUCCAAAAGGAUAUAAUUAUCCCCGUAUAAUUAUAUUGGAGCGCAAAAGGGUGGAAACUGCGCUGAAUUGAAAAUGAAAUCGACGCGAUCUAAUAUGAGCGUGUGCUCGUAACAAAGUCGAACAAUCGGGGUUGAAAAGGAAUAAUAUGGGGCGGAGCAGAGAGGAAAAGAAAAAAAAAAAAAGGAGAAAGAGGGGAAAAGGUGUAUUCCGGUUUGUCCGCUUUUAUUUAUCCCGCGACCGAUAUCCAUCCGUGAAUCGAUCAAACACUCGAUGACGUGCAGCAAGAUAGAGAGUAUACCGUGGAACGACAAAUAUUCGUGCACGCAAAAAAAAAAAAAAAAAUACAAAUAUAUAUACGUCUAACAAACUUCAUCAUUGUUUCGGUAACGUGAUGGAUUGAGAAAGAUCUUUCAUUAUAGAUUUUCAAUCUAUUUUUCAAUACGGAUAACGUUCAUUCAUCUUGCACGCUAAACGAUCGCGGCCGAUACUUGGACCGAGGCCGAUGCGCGUUUAGAUAACGCGGUUUAACGAGUAAUUUACCAACAACAAAUCUCCGGAGAACGUUUAUAGCUAAUGAUUAGUAAUUAUAUUAUAUCGCGCAAUAUCGUAUGAAACGAGAAGCGUUACGCGAGAAAUAAAUUGUGAUACGUAUAGAGCGGGUAUAAUAAUAAUAUAAAACGAGAACUUAUAGCAUGGAGGGUGUCCAGUUUUAAUAACGAGAAUUGCUUGUCAAAAGUACCAGCUGUAAGAAAGAAAGAAAAUCGAGGAAUGAGAGGAUGAAGCGUAAUCAAUUUCCCCUUUUUUCCCUCCCUCUUUCGAUUGGAAUCGUCUUAUCUCUUACGAAAAACAAAUUUUGUAUUAUUCACGUGUACAACACGCGCACAGGAGAAACAAGUAACGCGCAAAGGAAUACUUACGCCUCGCUUUCAAAAGCCGAGGUAUCCUCAAAAACUAAGGAGUUUUCGACGGGAAUAAAAAAAAAAGUUAUAAUUUUAACACAUUACCUCUUCCCAAAGAUCGUACACUUUUUACACCGAACACUUGCAUUCAUUAAAAUUGCUGCACGCUGCACGCAACGCGUGCUGCACGUAUCCGGAUGGGAAAAAAAAGGAGGAACAGCACUGGCUUCCCAACGAAAGAACGGGAAAGGUCUUCUCGGUAAAGGCAACGACUCGGCCGCGUUAUUUAUCCGGCGAAUCCUCGUCAUCCGUCCGUCGCGGAGAGAGUUGGUUGGAAAAAAGUAUUUUAACCGGUGACCCCCGGUGCACGAUGGAAGAAGAAUUUGCAACCGGAGGAGAAAUAAGGGGAGGGGAACGAGCCGCGUCUCCCUCCCUUCGUCCACUCGGUUGUUUAAACGAGAUUCAACGAGCGGCCUUAUCUCCGUCGCCGGUCUAUUGCGAGAGAUUGCUGAUUGCUCCCUUCGUUCCUUUAAUUUACGAUGAAUCGCGCGUUGCACUCGUAAUAAGGCUGGCCGCGCGAUGCCUCGUGCUGAAUGGCCGUGCUAGAAGCCUACAGCCGAGUAAUAACGAGCUGGUGUCAUAAUCUUCGCUCCGCGCUGCUACCGUCACGCGAGUUACGAUGGACCGUGCAACGAUAUCCACCAUUACCCGAGGUUGGCCCCGCAUAAAUAAGGAAUCCCGUCGCGGCCGGUUGACGAGGCAGAAAUGGCACCGGCGGAGUCACGGUGAGAAAAGGGCGAGGGUGAAGCCCUCGCGCGAAACGGGAGCUAUGGUGAAAAGCUUCGGUUUCUUCUUCGCCGGGAGGGCGAUACCUGUCGUCCACCUCAUGCUUUUUCUCGUUCUGGCCGACAGCACGGUGGCCGUAGACCUUUCCCAAUGCAUCGCGCCGCUCGGCAUGGAAUCGGGCGCGAUCCCGGACGCGGAUAUCACGGCAAGCUCCACGUUCGACACGGGAAACGUUGGCCCCCACCUGGCACGAUUAAAAGCGGAGAACCUCGGUGGCGCUUGGUGUCCCAAGAAUCAGAUCACCCAAGAAGCCCGGGAAUGGUUGGAGAUCGACCUUCAUACGGUUCACUUGAUCACGGCUACCGCCACGCAAGGUCGGUUCGGGAACGGUCUCGGUGUCGAGUAUGCAGAGGCGUAUCUCCUCGAGUACUGGCGACCGCGUCUGGGCAAGUGGGUCCGAUACAGAGAUAUCAAAGGGAAAGAGGUAAUACAGGGUAACACGAACACGUAUUUGGAGUCGAAGCACGAGCUGGAGCCGCCUCUGUGGGCGAGCAAGAUCCGUUUUCUGCCCUACAGCCAUCACACGCGGACGGUUUGCAUGCGGGUCGAGCUCUACGGAUGUUACUGGAGCGAUGGCGUGGUGUCUUAUUCGAUGCCCCAAGGUGAUAAGAGGGGCAACGAAUGGGAAUUCUUCGACGCCACGUACGACGGACACUGGGACGGGGAGCUGCAGCGUGGUCUGGGCCAGUUGACGGACGGCAGGACGGGCCCCGAUAACUUCAAACUGGCGUACUACGAUAAGGAUCGAACGCAGGGGUGGGUCGGUUGGAGGAACGACACGCGCGGCCAACCGGUCGAGAUCAAGUUCGAGUUCGACAAGGUCAGAGAGUUCUCGGCCAUCCACAUCUACUGCAACAAUCAGUUCACCAAGGAUGUCCAGAUAUUUUCCCAAAUCGACAUACUGUUCAGCAUUGGAGGCAAGUAUUACACAGGGGAGCCGAUCACCUACACCUACAUGGAGGACAAGAUCUUCGAGUCGUCGCGAAACAUCACCAUCAAGCUCCACCACCGAGUCGGCAAAUACGUGAAACUGAGGCUUCAUUUCUCGGACAGAUGGAUCAUGAUCAGCGAGGUGACCUUCGACUCUGACAUAGCUCACGGUAAUUUCACGCCGGAGGAAGCACCGACGACCGAGUCCCCCAUCCAGAGCGACGUUUUCGUGGAGAAGAACGGUGCCGCGGAGGGCGAGCUUCCGGUCUCCACUGCCAAACACGACGAUCCUACUUACAUGGCGGUGGUGAUCGGCGUGUUAACAGCCGUGAUCCUGCUCCUCGCCGUGGCUAUAUUUCUGAUCGUCUCGAGGCACAGGCAGCGAAAGUGUUUCGCCAGCCCUAUGACGGGCAAGGCACCGUCCCAUCUCGGCUCCACCUGCGCCACCGUCGAGAAAGGGGCCGCCUUGAUGGCCUACACCUUGGAGGACGACGAAAGAUACGCCGGUGGUUCGUUGCCGACACUACCUCGGGACCUGGGGAAUCGUUUUCUGGACAUCGUGAAACUAGACGACUAUCAAGAACCGUACCAGGCCCUCAAGUACGCGCCGUACUACAGCUACAGCACGGUCGUUAUGGAGAUGAAAGACAUGAUGCUGAACAACAAGGGCAGCAACAUCAAUCACUCAGCGGUGUACGCGAAUGGUGCAGUUGACACAUCGUACGAUUAUGCGGUACCGGAACUCGGCACGGUGCCCCUGCUCAACCAGGACGGAACAGGACGCGGCCCACCCGCCCCGCCCGCCUCCACCGCGACCAGCGACCAGGACACCAUCUUCUCCAAGACCUCGUCGCGCGGAAAUAAGACGGAGAACAAGAAGUCGCCGACUCAACAGGAGGUGCUCUCGGCCCUGAAGAGACGUCUGGAGCAGACGAGCGUCCCGCUCUUCCCACGGCAUCGCCUCCGCAUGCUCUCGAAACUCGCCGAAGGGGCGUUCGGAACGGUGUACGUGGCGGAAGCAGAAGGGAUCCCGGAGUACGGAACGACGACCACCCUGGGCAAGCGUCUCGUCGCCGUCAAAUUUUUACUGCCGGAAGCCAGCGAGAAAGAAAAGUUGGAUUUCCAACGAGACGUCAGGAUCCUGGCCGCCCUCGAGGAUCGCAAUAUAGCCAGAGUCCUGGGGGCUUGCUACCGCGAGGAGCCGUACUGCGUGGUGAUGGAGUACCUGGAGCACGGCGACCUCUGUCAAUUCCUGAAGACGCAUAUCACUGCCGAGGACGCCCAUUCCAUGCCGAUCGGUGUCAAAACCCUUAGUUUCAACUGUCUCAUCUACAUGGCGGCCCAAAUCGCGUCGGGCAUGCGGUACCUGGAGAAUUUGAACUUCGUGCACAGGGAUCUGGCUACUAGGAAUUGCUUGGUGGGCAAAGCUUAUCACAUUAAAAUCUCGGAUUUCGGUACGGACAACGAAUUGUACGCGAGCGAUUAUUACAAAGUCGAUGGCACGGUGCCACUGCCGAUACGCUGGAUGGCUUGGGAAUCCAUAUUCCUGGGCAAGUACACGACGAAGAGCGACGUGUGGGCGUUCGCCGUGACCCUAUGGGAGAUCCUGAACCUUGGCAGACGGGUCCCUUACGAGCACUUGUCGAACGAGGAAGUGGUGCAGAGCCUGCGACGAUUGCAUCGGGCCGAUUGCGCCACCGACACCGACGCGGAGAGCAGCGGAUGCAAGGAGAAUACCGAUAACCUUUUCACCUAUUUACCGCAGCCGACCGCGUGCUCCAAGGAUAUUUACGAUUUGAUGCUCGACUGUUGGCGGCGGGAGGAGAGCGAGAGGCCAACCUUCCGGGAGAUCUCGAUGUUCCUGCAGCGGAAGAACCUCGGCUACGCGCCCACAUCCUGAUAUUGAACGUUUGGCAAGGUCGAGGAGCACACGGUUUGCGGCGGUUGCCACGUGUGCCCGGCUAGACGUCGCUCAUACUUUGACCACGAGAUGGUCGAGGAUGCCGUUUACCCGCAUUGGAUAACCGUGAGAACCAAGUUCUGAAUUCUUCGACAGCCAUUUCCCUCGAAACCUCGGAAUGAUUUCGAGCGAUCGAAAAAGGUGUAAACAUAUUCGAAGAAGAAGGGAAUACAACGAUACGGUCCAAUAUUGGUUUCCGGCAACGAACUCUUCGGAUUCGCUUCGGUUUUUUUUUUUUUUUUCUCCCCCGCGAGAUAAUGUCGUUUCGAGCGAUUUGUUCAAUUAGGAACUGAAAGUGAAAUAAACUUGAUGAAACGAUUUUCAGGAAUGGCGGACGUGAAUCUGCCUAUGUCGAUAUGGUAGGAAGCUAUCCGAGAUUCGUGAAAAUAUCGUAAUUUGCUUAAUAGGUAAGUGGGGGAGGGAGGGAGAUCGUGACGCGACGAUCUCGAUCGCGGAGAAAUAUUCAAUGAGGGCGUUGUUUUAGACGUAAGGAAAACAAACGUAAAACUGUGAAUCCGACAAUCGAAGAGAGCGCGGAGGUGACCUUUGUUCGAAGGGAAAUUUGCGCCAAUUUCGCGCGCUGGAUCUCGUGGAUCCUCGACAUGAUCGUCGAAAAUUUAGGAGCAAUAUCGUGUAAUUAUAAUACAGCUGUGAACAUUCCUGCAUGGAUUUAAAGAUACGUUUAUUAUCUUCGAGGUAAAUAAGGGAUACUCGUUUAAGAUUUUAAAAGUUACCUUCCGAGACGAUGAUGUCUUUCUUUUAUAAGAGAAACAAUAAGAGAAGAAAAAUAAGAAAUAUGGAAAGGGAUGUGGAAGAGAAAAGAAGGAAAGAAAAAAGCAUUGCAUCGACGUAUGGCAAUACGGUAACUAAAUAUCAAACUCACUUCGUGAGUUGCUAAUCGAGCAAAUUAAAGAAAAGAAACAGAAAAAGAAAAAAAGAAGAAAAAAUAAAAGGGAAAACAAAUUAUAUGAGAACAAGUGUGAAUGCGUGUGUUUGUGAACGUAUAGAUGGUUCAAUUCAUCGUGCGUAAAUUUAUCGUAGUCGGUUAGGCUUUUCGCUUCGAACGAAUUCGAACGCUUCGACAGAUUGUUGAAGCAAGUCUGUCGAAUUUCUCGUGUAACUCCGUACUACACGAUAGAGCUCUCAUCGCAUACAAAUUGUACACGAGAAAGAUUCGUCACAGGUAUCAUUUUCUUGCGAUCGAAUUAUUGACCAUCGAAUCACGCUGAAAUUAGAAUAAGAUUUACAAAGCUAAAUUGUCAAUAUAUAUCCUAUUUCAAAGAGAACAGAAAAAAAAAUCGAAUAAAUUCAACGUUCGCGCGAGAGCUCGACGAUAAGGUGUAAUUCGCGAAUGGAAAACGAUAUACAUAUUUCUCUGUUAAUAAAAUGGUGGCUCGCACCGUGACUAUGACACAUCAUAAUUGUAACUUAAUAUAUGAUAGGCGGGAUCAAUACAAAGACAAAGAAAAGAACUAGUAUAUUGUACAUAUAGACAGGUACACAUCGAGAGGUAAGAGAGACAUUUAUCAUUAAUAAAGCGUUAACGAGAUUAGCAGCGACGAGCAAGCAAUUCGAACUUAUCUUUAUCGUCUUUAAAAAUCGUGUUCCUUUUUGCCUCUUCUGCGGACACGAUUUCGUUGGUGGGUCAACGGAAAUUAGUGGUUGUUCCAGGGAUGGAACAGAAUCUUUUUGGCGCGAUGUUUGGAACAUUAUCAACAUAUCCGAGCCUUCGUUUCUAUUUUUGGGACGAGGGCAAGAAACGCGAACGAACGAGGGGAAAAAAAGAAAAAAGGAGAAGAAGAAAUAAAGAAAAAAAAAAAAACGACGAAUUUGCAAGAUUUCCAAGUCAAAUGUUCGUUCAGCGAUGCUAUCUCUCACCACAUUUUUCAACUAAUUAAUCAUUCGAUUCGUUAUGUUCCAUGUAUUUAUAUCAGAUGAAUACUAUUAAUAGCAUUCGCAAUAUUUAGUAAGUAGGUGAUGUUACCGUUAUAACAUUAAAAAUACUAUUUAUAUAUCUUAAUGUAACGCCGCGUAAGAAGUAGAUAUAUCAGAGACAUAGCCAUUCGUAUAUAAAUCGUACGUGCGUUGAAUUUAAACGUAACAAAGUUCGCUUCUCUGUCGUUGAAUAAAUGGGAAAGGGGGGGAGGGGGGAUGGGAAAAGAGUAAAGAUAGAACGCGAGAUAAUUGAUAAAUAUAAAUUCAAGUCGGAGUGAAUCGGCGUGAUUUACGAAUUUACGAAAGACCGAUUCGAACGAAGAGAGAUAAAAUAUUAAAAAGGGGGAGAGGGGGGAAAGAAGAUACUGUUCUCUCUAUUGAUAACGUAGAAUGAUUUAACGAUAUAGAAUUUUAUACCGAGAUCAGGCACCUUGUUAAAAUAGAAAUUCACACGAGUUCAUAGUUGUCACUUCAUUAGCGUUAAAGAAAUGAAAGAAAGAAAAAAAAAAGGAAAAAAGAAAGAAAAAAAAAAGAAGAAAAAAUUGAAAGGAAACUGCCGUCACUAACGCGUGACAUUAGAAAAACGAAUCAUAGUUGCGUUUAGAUUCAUCGAUAUAAGCAUAUUGCUGCCUUUGGCUGUAUCGUUGCCCCUUACUGCUAACGAGUAACUCACUUGUCUACUCAUGUGAUAAUUUAGUAUAUCUCUGCGUACCUACCUGUACCUAUACCGGUUCGGAAAUCUCAGUAGUAAAGAAAUUUAUUUAUCUUACAUUACGUUCUAUCUCAAUUUCAUCGACUGACCGAGAACAUAUCUUUGUCGAUAAGAAUUUAAAAUUAAUAGCAAUAAGUUUUUUUGUAGAAUAAAAAAUUACGUAAAUUUCAUUCUAGUGUAUUAAAAUUCAAUGAAAAAAAAAAAAAAAAGAAAAACGAAGAAAAACGUUUAAAAAAAAACGAAUGCAAAUGAAAAGCAAAGAUAAUUCGAAUAGAUGAAAAUUAAUUGAAAGUUAUUUUAAUAAUACAGUUUGUAACGAAUUUUAACUUUUUUGAUUUUUAAAAUCUGAUUUUAGCAAUUUCGAAAAGAUAUUCUCAGUCAGUGGAUAUUCUUUAUCAUUAUUAAAUGGAACGCUUAAAGAACACUUGUUUCGACAAACCUAAUGUUUCAUGAACAUUGUUUUGAUUUGUGAGCUCUACGUUGAUUUCGACGAUCCCAAUUAACGGGGUGAAUAAAAAUCAGUCGAAUCGGUCGAAUUUUUUUAUAUAACAAAUUUUGUUUUUCUUUUAUUUUCUUUUCUUUUCUUUUCUUUUUUUUUUUUUUUUUUGUGUGUGUGUGAAUAAAUGUACGAUCGACAAUCACGUUUAAGUCACAAGGCUUCCCGGGAUCGUUCAAUCUUCCAUGUUGAUGUUAUUGCAAAUAGCAUUGACAAUGAGAAGAGAAUCACGUGAACAGUGAAAUUGCCGUUUCGUUCCAAUUUUUCACUGUAAUCGUUUACGAAGAAUUCUAUAUUAGACUUCUAUAUUAGACAUAUUAGACAAAAGUAUUUAUUUUCAUUUUUCUCAAUUCGUCUAUUCAAGUACGUUUUGCAUGGUACGAAAUAGCAAAAGAUUUCUGCAAGAUACUUUUUCAUUGUUGAUAAUGAAUUAAGUAUUAAAAAAACAAAUUCUAUUUAAUCUCGUAUCCAUAAUAAUUGUAAUUACUUUUCUCAUCCUAGUAUUCGAAUAACACAUUUAUAUUAAUUAUAUUAAGAUUAUAAACAUAUCUAUAUAAAAUAUUUUAGUCCGGAAUUUGUUUAUGAGAAAAAUGAUCAUUUUUAUUAGAUCAAAUCAAUAUAGAUAUACACGUAUACGAAAUUAUCGAACCUAUAAAAAUAGUCUAACAAUAAGAAGACAAGAUUAAAUAGAUCGAAUGGAAAUUCUUUAAUAAUCUUUCAAUAUUUAAUUUAUCAGGUAUGACAUUAAAAUAGAUUCCAUUGAUGAAGUAAGUCCCUAUAUGUAUAAAACGAUCAAUCUAAUUCUCUCUUUAUAAAAAAUAUUUAAAGAAGGGAUUAAAGAAAUAUUUUAUGAAUAUAUUCAUUAUUUGCAGAAAAAAGAUUGAAAAAUUUGAUCAAUACAGAUUAUUUAUAGUGUUCUGAAACAAAAGUACAUUGAUAAUUAAAGUUAAUUUUCAAAUCUAUGUUUAUCAAAUAUUUAUUAAAUAUUGUUCAACUUUAUUAUAUAUAGUUACAAUUUUACAUAUAUAAUUAUAAAUUCUUUAUUUUACGAUAAAUCUAAAAAAUUUCAUUGACAAAAAUAAAUUAUCAAAUUUCAUCAUGUAAAACGAACUUUUUUUCUAUUUGAUUUUUUAAAGUAAUUUUAAGGAAUUUUUUUUAGUAAUUUUCACAAUGAUUAAAUAACAUUAUUAACUAUAGUUUUUUCAAUCAGAUUCCCAACACCUGAUGUGGAAUUGAGAGAAAUGUAGAGGUAAUCACGGAAGACUGUGCAGAGCUCACCUAAUUAUAACUUCUAUUCAGGCACAGGCAAUCUCUGGCUUUUUCACUAUAACAUAUGUCAUUUCAAUCAACAUUCAGUUCUCUAUUUUUGUUUUGCGUUUUUCUCUUCGUGAGACAAUAAUUUUGAACGAUCAAUUAAUAAAAAAAAAAAGACAAAAAUAUAAAAAAUUAUAUUAUCGUACAAAUCAUACUUAAAUUAUGGCGCCUAAAAAAUAACUUUCCAUCAACUUUAAUCUAUUUCUUGUAGUUUUAUCUUGAUAAAGUAGUCCAUUUCGUUUUAUUUUUUGUCGAAAAAACGAAGAAAUUGUUACGAAUACUCCAUAGAUAAUGUUUGUCAUCGAUUAGCAUUCAAACAAUCUGAUACUAAUAUUGAUCGAUGUCCUUGAUAAUUGAACAUUUUUCGUAAAAAAAAAAAUUAAAUCUAAUAUUACAAAAUUUGUAAAUAUCAUAAUCUAGAAAUGGCAAAAGUAAAACUAUCAUUCGAAUAAUUAUUAUUAUUAAUUAAUUGAAGAAAAAAAAAUUAAUUAAAGAAGGAGGAGAAAGAAAAUCUAAUAGGCCGUGAAAGGUUGCCUAGGCCUGCUCUAACACUAUUAAACCUUAAUCGUUAUAGUCAUAAAAUUAUUUUGUACUAAGAACUGUUUAUAAUUUUGUAUCUAAUCUUUGUAAAUAUCAAGCAGAUUGUCUAUGGCUAAUAAAGCUUAAACAAAAUUGAUAUAUAUAUAUAUAUAUAUAUAUAUAUAUAUAUAUAUAUAUAUGUAUAUAUAUAUAUAUAUAUAAGUAGACUAUGUAAAGGAAAUUAUAUAGGUAUUUAUAUAUAUAUAUAUAUAUAUUUUAGCGAUAAGAAAGCGAGCGAAAAAAUGGAAUUAAAUUUCACUGGAGAACUGGUAAUAUACCAAUGUACAACGAUCUAGGAAUUAUUUGUAUUAUACAGGUGACAAUUUAAGGGACAAAUCAUAAAAGUAUAUACGUUACUUGAUAACCACAUAUGUGUAUAGGGUAUUCCAUUCCAUAUUUGUUCUGAAAUUCCGAACGAAAGAAUAUAAUUAUCAUUAUAUCAUAUAUAUAUAUAUAUAUAUAUAUAUAUAAAGAAAGAAAAGAAAAUAAUUGUUUUAUUUAUUUAUAAAUUUUUAACAAAUUAUAUAAAUAUAAUACGAACGAUGUAAUAAAUAUUCUUAAAAUUAUUUAUGAUAACUGAUCAAAUAAUAAAAUUUUAAUCUAUUAUUAUUAAAUUAUUUAUUAAAUAUGUUAAAUGAAUUUACAAAAAUAUAUAUUAUUUUAUAUUAAUAUGCGAGAAAAAUAUUGGCGAGGAAUUUUAGAAGAAAAUAUUUUGGUUUUUGGAAAACCCUAUACAGUAUUAUGGUAUAGAAUUCAACUAGUCAUUUAUGACACUUUAUAAAAACUAAAAUAAAUCUUUUACAAAAAAAAGUACGGACAUAUGGAAAAUAUGUUCUUCUAAAUUUUAAUUAAAAAACGAAAGAAAAAAUUGAAACUGAAUUAAAAUUGAACUGUUUACGCCUUAAAAAAAUAAAUGCUUUGACAUUUAACAUAAUAUUCUUUUGAUUUUUUUUCUACUAUAAUUGCAUAUUAUAAAUCAAAAUUGAUUAUUGAUUAUUGAUUAUUGAUUUUUGAUUAUUUUUUAUUAUUGAUUACUGAUUAUUAUUGAUUAUUGAUUAUUGAUUAUUAUUUUUAUUUCUAUCUAUCUGCGAAUUAUCACUUAAACAUUAUUGACAGUAAUCUAAGCUUGAGCAAGAUAAUUCUAUUCGUAUAUCCUAUAUGUAUGUCUAAAGGAGGAAUUAUAUGUUGUAAGUUCAAGUAGCAGAAAGUCGCAAGAAGCACAACGAUAAAACCUAUUUGUAUCGAACAGUCAAACGAAACAAUAUUACACAUUUCAAUGAAAA